UUAGUAUAGAUACAGGAACUGACGUUAACACAUCUCUAUUACUGCACACCUUCUGUGUACCUUAGCUGAAGGACAGUGUCAGCAAUAUAACACUUUGACGCUUGUGUUAGUGUUCUUAUCGUCACUGAGGGAAAACGAUGGAUACUGUGGUGUGGUUGUUUGUGGUUGGACUUGUGUUGGCUGCUUGGUCAUACUCCCGCUGGCGCCACAACCACUGGUCAACCCUUGGAGUUCCUACGCCUCCAUAUCUACCAUUCCUCGGGCACAUACACAAACAGUUAUCAUUAUUCCAGACUCGAUGGGAAUAUUUGGACGAGGUGUACUACAAGUAUGGUGGCUCGACAUUCUGUGGAAUGUAUGAAAUAUUUCGUCCAGUUUUGAUGAUUGGCGAUCCUGACCUUCUCAAAAACAUUCUAGUUAAAGACUUUGAUCAUUUUAUUGACCGUCGGAAGUUUCCGGCUACAGAAGGAAGCCUUACCAACCAAAUGCUUGCUAACAAGUCAGGAGAUGAGUGGAGGGCUCUUCGGGCAGUCGUGACUCCAACCUUUACCUCCGGCAAGAUGCGUGGGAUGUUCCCUCUCAUCAGUGACAAGGCUGAUGAUCUUGUUUCUUUUACUCUUAAAGAAGCUGCUAAGAAACCUUAUGUUGAUAUGAAGGUAAAUUCUGGACGAUUCACAAUGGACACAAUUGCUUCCUGUGCUUUUGGUAUUGAAUGCAAUUCCUUUAGAAAUGAGGAAACAGAAUUUACCAAAUGGGCAGAAACAUUAUUUGCUCCUUCGUUGAUUACAACCUUAAAAUUUACUCUUAUACAUAUUUCCCCAAGGAUCUUUAACGCUCUCAGACUAACAUUAGAAACUUCAGCAAAGACAUUUUUCCAAAACGUGGUGGAGCAGACAAUAGCGGUCAGGAAAAAUGGUCAAAGACGUGGAGAUUACUUGGAUCUCCUCCUGGAUGCGCGAGCAAACCAUGACCAACACACCACUAAGUCAACUUCCAUCAAGUCCAACACUACACGUGAGACUUCCACUACUGACAACCUCUCUGGCAUUGACAGUUUAUGCGUCAUCCCCUCUAAGCAAGUGCUGACGGAUGAAUCCAUUGUGGCUCAGAGUGUGUUGUUCUUACUCGCUGCCUUUGAUACGACGGCCUCAGCUCUCGCUUUCGCGUCCUUCCUCUUGGCCAAGUACCCCGUACACCAGCAGCGUCUCCGCCAGGAACUGCAGCAGAUGGUUCAGGAACAUGGUGAUGUUACCUACCAGGGCAUCAUGGAAGCCACAUUCCUCGAUGCUUGUAUAAUGG